GUUCGGCCAAGCCUAUUGUAGUCCGGGGGAUGGUCAGACCAGAUCUUUGAUGUACCAUGGUGGAAAGUAAUUGACUGAUUUAGCCUGUUUGGCCAUAGGCUGGAGACCGAUUGACUCGUUAUUAGUUUGGUCCUUGUCCUCCCAGACUGACCACUUGAUGCUGUGGGGUGUGAAUGAGAAUCCCGGCUGUCGAAGCAAGCAUCAUGUUUCUUGGCCAUGAUUCGGUUACAAGCUGAUUAUAAUGUUUUGCACUCUAUUAUGUGCACAUUUGUUUGUGGAGAGGCAAUUGUGUUUAUUUAAAAGGACGUUGGCGGAUGUUUAAGGAGAAAAACUUUGUAUCUUCUCUGUGAGAAAAUUGCUUGGCUGAGAGUAAGAAGUCGUUUGUUUUCCAUGGGUUCAUAUUUGAUUACCUUCAAGCUGUACAAACUGGACUUACACAAGUCAAGUGGAUGCCCCAUCUCCCCCCAAUUUGGAUCAGUCUAUGUUGAUUGUUUUGUGAACUGUUUUGGACCUGUGGAUUAGUUCAUUUUGGCUGGAGGGUGCACAGGUAACCUGUUGCUUGAGUGGACAUAGGUAUAGGAGCAGGUCAACUGUGGGAGUUGGAGGGUUGAGUGAUGUAUACCGUGGCUUGUGUCAUCCAUAGUAGCCCGCCUUCAUAGCCCUCCCUCCAAGCAGAGAGAGCUAGCCACAAGAGGGCGGUAGGGGACAUCUGGGCAUUGUCCUACACCCCCAAAUUGUUUGUUCAAACUUCAUCAUCAGUGAGCAGCCAUACUUGUUUAGAACUAGCAGCGUCUCUGGACGCAAUCAGGGCACAAGAAGUGGACAACAUAUUGGAUUUAACUACUAUAUUCCUUGGACUUAUUCUUGAACCUUAUUUGUGAGACAGCUGGAUCCUUGGAGGUAGAAUGGAGAGAAAGAGAUUUUACCGCAGUAUAAUGCAAAGCCUGAAACGGCGACUUAGUUUUCGGAAGAAAAAAGAUCAUGUGCCUGAAUGUUCGAAGCCCCACCAAUGGCAGGAGGACGAGAAGAAGGUGCGGGAUGGCACCUGCAGCUUCCAAGUCCGGUAUCUCGGCUGCAUCGAAGUUUUCGAUUCUCGGGGGAUGCAAGUUUGUGAAGAGGCAGUGAAAGCUCUGAAAGCUCAGUGCAAGGGCAAGUACCAGAGAGCAGUGUUGUAUGUUUCGGGAGAUGCGCUGCGGGUCGUGGAUGAGAUCAGCAAGAGCAUGAUUGUGGACCAGACAAUUGAGAAGGUUUCAUUCUGUGCUCCUGAUCGUAACCACGAAAAGGGGUUUGCCUACAUCUGUCGAGAUGGAACUACCAGACGAUGGAUGUGUCACGGCUUCCUAGCUGUGAAAGAGUCCGUAAGUUCCACGGAAGCAAUGGGAGAGAGACUAAGCCAUGCAGUAGGGUGUGCUUUCGCAAUAUGUCUGGAGCGGAAACAGAAGCGAGACAAGGAGACCGGGGUGACAGUUCAGUUCAGCCAGGACCGAACAAGCUUCACUCGGACAGGGUCCUUCCGACAGACCACCCUCACAGAGAGGCUGGCAGACCAGAGUGCAAUUCUAGCAGAACCUGUCCCUGUGCGGAAGAUUGAGAAUCCUUAUGCUGUCCAGCGGCCGCACGCCACGUCAUCAAUGUUGAACAGGCAGGGUUCAUUCCGAGGAUUUGAAAAGUUACAUGAAGCUUCAUCCCCCUUCAAACGCUCCGUGUCUCUACGCCUGGGAGAACUCCCCUCCACGUUACAGAGGCAGAACGCAAUACUAGAAUCCCCAACACAUAAUGGCAAUGGUGCAGUAGGAGGUGCUAUACAGGAGAUGUCUCCCAGCCAUGAACAGGAGGACUCCAUCACCAAGAUGUGUCAGCAGCUCACACAGGGGUUGUCGACGUUGUCCUCAGACGAGCCCUUCGCUAAUGCUCCAACUCGACCAGGGAUGGGUCUCCCACACCAGAACUCGGUCCCACCAUUCCAUCAGUACUCCAGCCCCACUCAGCCAACUCUUGUGAGACUGAACACUACGCCAGCAGGUUAUGGAUCCAGUGUGCCGCAGCCUACCACCAACCCAUGGGCAAACCCCUCAACAACUGCCACACCCCCUCCUGCACCUCAGCGUGUCCCCAGCGAGGACUGGCCAAGCAAGGGAGCCACCUCCCCAAUGGGAUCCACCAACCCCUUCGCCUCUGCCCCUCAGACUGCUUUCACCACCUCCCCAACGUCAUCUGCUGUCAACGGUGUGCCUUUCUCUGGAGAACCCUACCCCAAGGCACCUCCUGCCCAAGCACCAAUGGCACGUCCUCGACCAAUGCCCUUCCAGCACACUAGGAGUCAUUCCAUAGACACAGGAGAACUCUCUAACACGGGCUGGCAGAAGACUAAACCCACUUUGUUAGAAAUGGCUCAUCAAAGAAGUUUCCAGCACAAUGGAAAUCUAUCAGGCAGUAGUCACUGGAGUGCAUCUGAAAGUUCUUCAAGUAGCAGUGUGACCAGUCCAACACGUCAAGCCGGACCGGGCGUGGAUCCAUUCGAUGUUGCCUGGGCAGCAAAGGCUGCCAAUAAAUCUGGUAGUAAUCCAUUCGGGUCAAAGACUGUGAAACAGUUCGAAGUACAGUUAUAGAAGUGAUUCCUUUUAUAUGACAAAGUGAUAGAUAUUGGCAAAGUCCUAUUUUUAAAAGAGAUUUGUGAAGGAUGCUAUUUUCCGUGGCUGGAUUUAUCAUCAGAUACUGGCUAUCUGAGAUAAGUUGUAUAAUGAUUCAUUACACCCAGUGGAGAUAUAUACAGACAGGCGUUGGAUAUCAUGAGCAUCGUAACACGUAGCAUCUCUGUGGAAUAACACUUACCAGUUGCACAAUGUGUACAGUUUUGUGUUUCACAAGGAGCUGCUGCAGCCAGGCCUACAUACCAUUGUCGUCUACACAUCACUCACCUCUACGGCAGUGUCAGCCAGAUUUCUCAGUUAUUCAUCAGGUUGUUGUCCAGUCUUGUAUAGAACCAAUCGCUGGAGCCCAUCUCUCAGUGAUCCGUCACACCAAGUCCACAUCCCAUGUCUCUGAUAUGUGUUAUUAUCGCAGAUGUGGUACCAUUGCAUAUGGUGGUGAUAAUGGCGGGGAUGGUAUAUCAGCAUAUAUUGGUGAUUAUUUCAGUUGUGGUAUCACGGCGUACAUACCAGUCAUUUUGGCUGGUUUGGAAUAACAGCGUACAUACCAGUCAUUAUGGAAGAUGUGGUAUAACUGCGUACAUACCAGCCAUUACGACAGGUUUGGUAUAACAGUAUUUACCAGUCGUAAUGGAUGGUGUGGUAUUACAGUGUAUUCCAUGUCAGUUUUGACCAUCUAGUGCUUGGUACUGUUACGUGUACAGGGUAAAUGAUAAACUCUGAUAAAAGCAACUGAUUGUGAAACAGUUACGUGUUGUUGACUUACAUAAAGUUUGGGCCCUGUAUGAAUUGUUAUGUAGCCGAUACAUAGAUUGAUGUACCCCAGCAUCAGUUUCUGCUGUAAUUACCCAUACUCUAGCGUCAUCCCAUCACCACGGGAACUGUCAUUCAAGGCAGGGUUGUGUUCAGGGUGAAUGUGAACGUUUGCCCAUGAUUAGAAUCCUGUUCCAUAGUGUAUCAAGACUGUUGAAACUAAGAGUUACGACUUUUAAACAGCACCAUUUCAGUUUAUUCCAUUCAGAUUUGUGCGGGAAUGAGUCUGUCUAUGAAGGAUGGACCUACGUCUUCUCUCUCAGACCAUGGACAUCCUUGUGAACACAUCUUCAGCUGAUCAUUCACAGCACCCUCUACGAUGUUGUAUCACAAUGUCCCAGCAGCCUUUGUAGCACUUCCCACUUCUGUACUGUGCUUCUCAUGGUAACAUGAAAUGUUUCAUCUUAACUUGAAUUACAAUUUUUUUACCAUGUUCAAAUUCUUUUGUAUUGAUUAUUUUAAAUUAGUCUUGCUAUCCAUUUUAAUAUUACAAAGACAAUCCUAAUAGAUCAGUAAGUUUUAUCCUCAAAAACAGUUUCUGGGGAAAGAAUAUUUUUUAAUUUUUUAAUAUAUUUUAUCAGAAUAUAAAAUUGAUUGCUCAUUUAUUUCCUGACUGGCACAUCUUUUAAGGGAAUUGGAGGUUUUAGAAGUAUAAUGUAUAGAAAACAAACUCCUACUCUGGACAUUGUGUAACACAUUGUCUACUCAGUGUCUCUGUUCAACAGGUAUUGUCUCCCAUCUUUGUAAUGGCAGUGUCAGGAUGUACAUAUUUUUGUGUAUCUACACAUUGUUUAUUUGUUAUCUUAUCACGUUAAGUAGUUUAAAAAUUAAGAACUUGAAAUGCACAAUCAAAUUUUUUCAUCCGUUGAUACGACUUACUUCAUAAUACAUGUGCAUUUUUAUUGUGAUCUCUGUCCUUCAAAACUGUCUACUUAAUUUCCUUGAUGGGACGCACUUUUAUGUUUUAUACAUUUAUAAAAGAUGAAAUUUUAGAGCUAGAAUUUAUUACAGUUGCCCAAACCGACAUGUCAUGUUUGUAUAUAUGGAUAUACUCCAGACCUGUGAGCAAUAGCUAAAUGAGUUUCUCUGCCUUAUAAAUAGACAUGAAACUAGAUGCAGGUAACAACACCUGUAAUCAAGGUGGUGCAUCACCUGUAAUUAAGGUGUCAUCGUCUGCUUGAGAUUAUGUAAAGAGUGCUGGGUACAAGUCCCAUCUUUGUACCACACUAAAUAUUUACACUGUCGUAGUGCUAUAUUUUAAAUGUAUAUUUAAAUUUUAUUACCUAAAGCCAUUUUUUCCAGAUUUUAUAUGACUAUAGCCAACAGACAUUUUAGCCUGUUCUGGGUAUCAGUUUGAACUUGAUCCAAUCUUCAGCGGCCUUCUUAUUUAGUUUAAUUUUGACAUUAUUUGCCUUUUCUGAAAAAUCAUAUAGGAAUACUGUGUUGGUAAAGUAUGUAAAGUCAGAUCAUCUAACUCGUGGCUGAAGCUAUCAAAAACUGGCAGCUGACCAGCCUGUCGUUACACUGUAUAUUACGUCCAUUGAGAUCUCUGAAGUUGGUCCGUGAUGUGACCGUGGCUUUCCAUUUCUGUUGCCCUAAAACUGUUUCUUGUUGUCUACUCUAUCCUCAUGAUGAUGUGAGUCCCAAAUCUCAUUUAAUUUGUUGUUUAUAGUCGACUGAAAAGAAGUCUGGAAUACCCAAUUCUUUCCCAUCGAUAUAGUUAAUCAGUCACUAUGACACAGUAACUGUAUUAAUGUGAAGGAUGAAAAAACCCUUAGCUUUUUAGCUUAUAAUGAAUAUUCGAUACAGGCUUUAUUUGUGUACUUGGGAUUGUUUUGGGUUGUUUUAAUUUAAAUAAUCAGUACUUUUACAGAAAUAGCCCUUCACACAGCUUAAAGCAACAUUAGUUUAUUUUGGAAUUAUCAACGUCUUGAGUAAAAUGCCAGACCCUGAUAUUGAUAGUGUUUGUGUUUAGACAAGAUGAGUACUUUGUCAAGGAAGUGAGUCAAAUAUAGUUGAAAACAUUCUGGAAAGACAUUGUGGACUAGUGUUGUUUCCCUUUCACAUUUGCUUAUUUCCUGGUGUGAAAUAAACACUGAUUGCUCAAUAUUGACAGCCAAUACUGAUGGGGGCCUUUCAUAUACUUGAUGUUUCAUCAUGAAAUAGAGCAGGCCGUUAUGAUAUUGACACAAGUUUAUAUAAUUGUAAUGUAAAUAUAAAGUUUAUUGCAAAUAUUACAUAUUUAUUCAAUGUGAGAUGUCAAGAUGGAUAUGAGAUCAUGUUGAUUACAGUGGAACGGUCUGUUUUUAACCGUCCAAAUGUGUAACACAUUCUCUGUAAGCUUUUUUCUCUGUGAACUUUCUUCUCGCUUCUAAUCAGUUAAGUAGUAUUUCGAUUCACCUCAUCAGGAGUUAUGUCAACCAGUGAGUGACCGGUCAUUUAUCAGGGGUGGAGGGUCAGGUUUUGGAUGAACUGAAAAUAACUCUCUCUCAUGCUUGUCAUAGGAUACGGAUGACCGUCCGUAUCCUUGUCCUGUUACAUUUUUUAUGACCUUACCAGAAAAGACAAAAUGCAAAAGCUGUUUGUGUUUUAUACAAAAUGUCCAUUUCCUCAAAAACAUCCUGAAAUAUUUGUAUUAUCGUUUAUGAACCUCUCCUAGCGACUGUCGUGUUUUUUUUAUGACUCUCCCGUGAUCCAUUUUGACCCACCCCAAAAAUAAAUGAUCGGUUUCUAAACAUGGUUUCAUCUGUUCUGUGAUGCCAGAUGUAGUCAAACUGAGAUCAGAUGGUAUGGGUGAAAGUAAUUCUUUCGUUAUUCAGUAGAACAUUUAAGAAAUGGAAUCUGUUAAUUAUUUUAUAUCAUGGUAGGCCUGUGAGAAGGCAGAUUGUCGGACUUAACGCUGAUAGUGCAUUGCUUGUGGUUACACAGUCCAACACUGUUAACAUACACUAGCCAGUGACCAUGUUAUAUUAUGUGAUAUGAUCCAGUGUUUAUCAAGAAAAUCAAACUUUUUUCAGCAAUGUUGCUCAGAUUGAUUCAUAAAUAUUUAUUUUAUCAAACUGAUCAAGGAAGUAUGCAGAAAAUUAUUUGCAUUAAUUAAAUAUUAUUCAUAGAUAGGAAAGUAAACUGUAUGGCUACAAAUACAAACGUUUCCUUUUGAAUCCAAUGAAAUCAAAAGAGGCAACACUUGAGGAACAAGGAAACUGUAGUAGAUGCACUGACUCCCCCUUGAAGCCAAUAUCUUGCUGGCUUUGGUACUGAAUGUCAAUCCCUAUAGGUGUUGUGUAUGGGAACAUAUCAUCAUGUCGUUCUGCUGGGUUGUGUCUGCGGUAUAUAACUGGCAUAUUACCCCGCUUGGUAGAACAGGAUUCUGUUUCUUCUCAAUAAAACCAUGUAUUAUAAUAUUCAUGAAAUGUGAUAUUGUGAGACAUCCUGAUGUGAUAACAAAGGGAGACAACUUGGUCAACUAUUUCAAUCUGUGCUCUGUGUCCUUGCCCUAGCAUUUCUGUCUAACUGUGCUGUAUAUUGAUUUAAGAUUCAUGGUGGAUUUCUUAUUCAUCCAAUAGCUUUACCUCAGUAUACCAGACAUGUAAAUAUCAGCAAUCAGAUGACACUCGGCUAAAUCCAACUGAAGGUCAUGGCUGGAUUUGGUUGUAAUACAAUGUCAUUUUUUAUGUGACUUGUUAACCUCAUUGUUCUUGUCUUAGAAAAUUUUAAUUCCUUAUUCAGUGGAGAAAAAGCUAUUGUUAUAUCAUUUAUUAUCUUAUUUUAACCAAUACUUUUAAUUCCUGAAGGUCGUGCCACUGCAGUGUAAAGACAUGUUUGUACGAUGAGGUAACACACGUACCACAUGUGGCUCUUGGUGUUACCGCCGUCAUACACCAGUUCUCACGUCACCAUGUAUAAUGUAAGCUCCCGGAAUAAAAUAAACAUGAUUACAGUUAA